AUGCCUGCCGAUUUCAUAACGACAAUAGACUCGGACGACGAGGUCAGCAACUACGGCGGAGAGGCCAGCAACGCCAAGAAGGACGAUGACAUCAACCCCGACUUUGAGUUUGACUUUGGAGGCGGCCGGUCAGAGGGACUUGAUCUCUGGGGCGGAGACGAGAUCCAGGGGGUAAAGAAAGGAAAUGAGCCCAUCAACGUGGACGACAUUAUCGAAAGAAGACUCGGCAAGCCCAUCAAGGCGUACAAGGACAAGAAGAGAAGGAGACAGGACUCGGACGACGAGUCUGAUGACGAGUCUGAGCAAGAUGACAGCGAAGAGUCAGAGGAAGAAGGGGACGAUGAAGCGGAGCUCGAAGGCGAGUUCGAGGGCUUUGGCAGCGAGAACGACGAGAUGGAGGAGGAAGACAGUGAUGAAGAGGAAGAGGAAGAAGGGGACAGCAGCGAAGAAGAAGAGGAAGAGACUGCCGCCGAGAAAGCGCGCAAGGAGGCUUUCUUCUCGUCUGAACCCAAGAACGAGGAAGACCCAACUCUUCCUUCUACGUUCGCCGCCAUGAACCUCUCCCGACCUCUUCUACGCGCCCUCACUUCCCUUCAACUCAACACCCCCACCCCCAUUCAGUCCCGUGCUAUUCCCCUUGCCCUCUUGGGUCGCGAUAUCCUUGGUUCUGCCGUGACAGGUUCUGGUAAAACUGCGGCGUUCAUGGUCCCUAUCCUUGAACGACUGUGCUACCGAGACCGAGGCAAGGGUGGUGCUGCUUGCCGAGUGCUUGUUCUUUGUCCUACCCGAGAGUUGGCUGUCCAAUGUGAGGCUGUCGGCAGAGCCUUGGCCGAGAAGGGUGGUCUGGAUGUCCGUUUCGCCCUUUUGGUCGGUGGUCUUUCUCUCAACGCACAGGCGCACACUCUUCGUACCCUCCCCGAUAUCCUCAUCGCUACACCCGGUCGUUUGAUCGACCAUCUCACCAACACCCCCAGCUUCACCCUCUCUGCCCUUGAUGUCUUGGUCAUCGAUGAAGCCGACCGAAUGCUCGAAGCUGGUUUCACGGACGAGUUGGAGGAGAUUAUCAGGGCCUGUCCUCGGUCUCGACAAACGAUGCUCUUCUCUGCUACCAUGACGGACAGUGUCGAUGAGCUGGUCAAGCUGAGUUUGGAUAAACCUAUCCGUGUCUUUGUGGACCCCAAGCGAAACACCGCCAAGGGGUUGACUCAGGAGUUUGUCAGGAUCAGGUCGGAUGACACAAGAUCACCCAGUCUGUUGGCAUUGUGCAAGAGGACUAUCAGGGAAAAGUGCAUCAUCUUCUUCCGAAGUAAAGCUUUGGCGCAUCAGAUGAGAAUCCUCUUUGGUCUCUACGGUCUGAAAGCUGCCGAGCUGCACGGAAACCUGACACAAGAACAACGUCUUCAAUCACUCAACGAUUUCAAGGCUGGUUCAGUCGACUAUCUGUUAGCCACUGAUCUCGCCUCCCGUGGCCUCGAUAUCAAGGGUGUCGAAACUGUCAUCAACUACGACAUGCCCGGUCAGCUUGCGCAAUACACUCACCGAGUGGGUCGUACUGCCCGAGCUGGUAGAAAGGGUCGUUCGAUCACACUCGUGGGUGAGGCGGACAGAAAGAUGUUGAAGGCUGCUAUCAAGCAGUCUGACGCCGAUGAGAUCCGUCACCGAAUCAUCCCUUCAGAGGCUGUCCAAGCUGUGGCGGAGAAGCUUGAAACUUUGAAGGAGGACAUUCAGGAUAUCAUGAAGGAAGAAAAGGAAGAGAAACUCAUGCGACAAGCCGAUAUGGAGUUGAAGAAGGGUCAAAACAUGGUUGAGCACGAGGCAGAGAUCUUCUCUCGACCUGCGCGAACAUGGUUCCAAACCGAAAAGGAGAAGCAAAAUGCCAAGACUGCGAGCAAGGAUGCUUAUGUCGGUACCUUCCCCAAGGCCAAGGGCGGCGAGAAGGAUUCCAAAGACGCCAAGGAGAAGCUCAAGCGAGGCAAAUACGACGGUCUCUCUCGUAGACUCAAGAGAAGAAAGAUGGCUAUCGAGGAGGAUGCUGCCGAUGCCGCUGCUUCCCGUGCUCAGGAUAUUGCCAUUCGAUCAGCCAAGAAGAAUGCUCAACCGAAAAAGAUUGGCGAGGCUCAGCCCAAGAAGGUUGAUAAGAAGGGCAAGAAGGGCAAGGUUGGAGGAGGAAAGAAGAGUGCGUUUGACGACGGUAAAAAGUCUCAUGAGGGUAUGAGGGCGAAGCCUACCAAGGUCAACCUUGAAAAGGGUGGCAAGAAGGGAGGGAAGGGGAAGGGGAAGAAGUAG